AGUUUACCGGUAACUUUACUUUUUAUUAUUAUUAAGGAAAACCUAAAAAAGCUGAUUGUUAAUGUCAACAAACAAAAGGAUGCACUAAAGAAGAAUGAAAUCACAGUGGAUGGAGUGCAUUAUGCUGUGAGAUUUAAAGGUCAGUUUCACAUAAUAAUUAAUAAGGUACUUUUUAGUACCAUAAUUUUCAAUCCAAAUACCUGCAUGUGCAUUGACCUCUUUUUAAAAAUUUAUAUCUACAGUUAUACUUGACCUGAAGGCCCUCUAUCUUUUGCUGGAACAAAUAGGGAAAGCGAACUUUCAGCUUGGGAAACGAGGAACUGAAGUAGAGUGUUAGUUUGCAAAGCAUUGAGGGUAUGUGGAUAUAUUCAAAAUCUCUGAGUCAACAAAUUCUACUAUGCAGGUUUUGACCUUACCAAUGACCAACUUUAACCAAUAUAGUACUAUUAGAUUUUCAGUUUUGCUGGGUAAAAUUUCUUAGUAAAAACUAGCUAUGAAUAAUGGCUAUUUUUAUUGUUGCUUUAUUAGUAACGGUAACAGGACUCAGUGGAGUCCAAUUCGGUCUGUAAUCAUACGAGUGAUUAACAAAAUCGGACGACCGCGUAGCGGGAGUCCGAUUUGUUUAAUCACGAGUAUGAUUACAGACCGAAUUGGACGACACGAAGUUCUGUUACCAAUUAAUCAUAACUUUAACAAAAUUUGUAAUAUAAUAGGCUAUUUUUUAAAUCAAAAUACAAGAAAUUUGAGUUUUUGUUUUGCUAGCAGUGAAAAAAAAAAGCCAUUUAAGCGCGCACGUGAUGGCGCGUACUGUCCAAUUACUUAGGCAUGACGCGUACUGUCCUAUCAAACUGUCCAAUUAAGGCUGAAAUCAGGGCAGUUGAUAGCCAAUCAGAUGUGAGAAUUUUGUUAUAGUUAUGAUUAGGGAUGUAAUCGCAAUCUUGGUCUGCAUACAGUUUGUUUGGAACACUUUAGCAUAUCCAAGGCCAAUAUUGGAGGGUAAUUUAGUUAUAGUUUUGGUUUACUAAGAAUUCUCCGAUGAUACUUGUUGAGGCAUGCAGCCCUUGAUUAUUCGUGAAUUUCAGCAUUUGUAGUUGUCAUUUUGAAUUCACAGUAACUUCUAAUUAUAAAAGGCAUUCAAAACAAGGUUAUCUCAAUACGGUUACCAUCUAUUCAAAAAAUUAAAUUCCCUGGUAUAGUGAGUGAUUCCCUUCAUCCCAGCAUUUAUAGCUUAAUAAGUAUGUUUUCUAUAAAAGACUAACUUUUUAUAUAGACCUCAUUUUAACAAUAAUAUUUUGUAAAUUAAGCCUUGCAUUUUGUAAAAGGGGAAGUUCCACUGCAUGGAAAAGAAAACAAAAAGCUUUUUUUGGACAAACAUGGUGUUUAAUGCCCCUGUCCUUAAAUGUUGGCAAUUAUCCUUGUCUUGUUUUCCUAGAGAGCACAUAUUAUUUUCCCAUAAUAAUAUUCCACAGUCUUCCUUUACUGUAGGUGUGUCAAUGUUGUAGGAGCACUGUCAUAAAAGACUGAAAACCUGUCGAGUAAAAUACUUGCAUUUGAAAUCUAUAAAACAGUUAAGUACCACUUCAGGGGAGAUAUCACCCACAACUAACAAAAUAAUGAAUCUUCUUUUUUCUAGUUUCAAAGGCAUCCAUGAUGACUUAGAGUUCCUUCCUGAAGAGGAUUUAUCAUCUACAGUUAAUCUCUGCGCCCUUCACUGUGAACUUAGAAAUACUGAACAGCUGUUGUCAUCUUUGGGUUUAUUUUUUUACAAAGUGGGUUCACUUGAUGAAUGUAAUGCCGAAUUGGCAAAUUAUGGCCCUGAGAAUUUUAGCAGCAGAAUAACGGUGAAGAUGAAGGAGGGCAAAGAAACUGCUGUUGAAAAGCACAACGUCCAGGUGUCUUCAUUUUCAGGUAUCUUCUAUCUUGUUUCAAUUUUGUCAUGAUUGCAUGCUUUCAUUCGCUUUAUCCACUUUAGGGCUUUUACUUUGGGUGAGGACAAAACAUGGACCAGGGGUCCAUGGACCCCCACCUUGGACCGGGUCCAUGGACCACUUUCAUGGACCGGGUCCAUGGACCCCCUGUCAUGGACCAGGUCCAUGGACAGUUUUUUUGAAAUAAUGAGAAAUGAACAAAAACAGAAAUAGUGCAAAAAUAUAAAGAUUAAAAACAACAACAAUAACAAACAAUGCUCGAUUGAUAAGUAUUAUUCAAUUGUGCUUACAUAGUGUGAACACGCAACUUUUACCUCAUGCCAAAAUGCUGCUUGUUCUUAUGAAUUGUAUCCUCUGACGCGUGGAUUAUGCUUUGGAGGAAAACGUUUUGACUGAGCAAAUGUGAAUUUUUUGCUGCUUACAGUGAAACCUGUAUUAAGUGGACACCCUCGAAGAAUGCUGUAGUGUCUACAGGUAUGUCCGCCUAAUACAGGUUUCGAUAGAUAACGUCAUAUGAGGUGUCAAAUGCCAUUCAAAUGAACAGUGGAAACGUUCAGAAUACUCCCCGAGAGACUAUGAUGAUAUACGUUUGCAUUAAUUUCUUUAUCAAAGCGGACCAAUUGAUAAUAGUACCAUAAACAUAGAUUGCAACUCAAAUUUGAAGAAAUCAGAUGAGUGAAACAAGCUCUAUACAAACAAAAUGACAUAGAAAACAAUACUGUACUGUGAAACUAAUCAAGUCACGUUUUCUAAUGUAAAAAUUAAAAAAAUGGUGGGUGGCAGCUCGAGGCAAUCUUUUGCAUUUCUGGUGUCUGGCAUGUUGGGUGGUGGAAUUUAAUUACAAUAAUUGUCUGUUUAAUACAGGUUGGCAACAAUAGAAAUGGCCAUUUCAGGUACUUUUUAGGUGUCCGCGUCCGCUUAAUAGAGGUGUCUGCUUAAUAAAGGUUUCAUUUAAAGUAAAUAAGGGAAAUAAAUUUGGGGACUUCGGCUAAUGUCCACUUAAUAGAGGGUGUCUGCUUUAAUAAUACGGUGUCCACUUAAUACAGGUUUCACUGUAUUUCAUACUGAAAGGUCAAUGUUUUGUCACACUGGCCCCAGCUCGUAAGAAGUGGAUUGUAGAGCUACAUCAGCUAUGGAGAAUUGCGAUGUGAAUCAGUCAUGAUUGCUCUAAAAGCAAUGAAUUCUAAACUUCAGCUUGUUCAUAAUGCGAGUCUUUGUACUGGAGCACAUAAGCUGAACAGUCUUGCGACUGUCAGCGUGUAAGCAGAGUAUGUAAGCUAAUGAACAGCAUCUUGUCAAAUCUUUUUUUUUGCACUAUUUCUGUUUUUGUUCAAUUCUCAUUACUUAAAAAAAAGUAUCCCUGGACCCGGUCCAUGACAGGGGGUCCAUGGACCCAGUCCAUGAAAGUGGUCCAUGGACCCGGUCCAAAGUGGGGGUCCAUGGACCCCUCAGGUUCACGUUUUGUCCUCACCCUUUUACUUCUGUGCUGUCUGUGCUGUAGCAGCUGCAUGAGUUUCAUUUGUAUAAUACCUUGAUCCUUAAUAUGAAAACUGUAACACUGGUGUGUAGUGAAGAUGUCAUUAAGCUGUGAAUUUAAAUCCUGUUUGUUUCUUUCUGUACUAUUUUUCCUGAAGGUUCUACUGAACGUGAGUUCCUCACAAACAUUGAAACGAUUGUUAGAAACUCCUUGCCUCAUGACAAAUUGAAGUCAUUUUUUGCUGAUCCAGAAAGUGCUAAAGAGGUGCUCCUGAAUAAAGUCACAUUUUGUAAUGAUAGAAUCAAGGUAUGGCUCAGGAUAUCACAUGAUUUGAAUGUUUCACUUAAACCAGUGCAACACACAAUAUUAUAUUUUUUGUGUAGUAUGUAGAAACAUAAACUGAAAAAAAUGGUUUCUGUUUAAAAUAUUCAAUGAAUUUUUAAUAAUUUGUUUUAUUACUAUCAGGACAUGGCUAUUUCAGACACGUUCACCAGAGACUUUGGUUCAAAGCAGGAGACUAUUACUCUCACAGGUUCAGGUACAUGUUACAGUCAUUAUACUGUUAUUUAAAACCCUUCCUUCCCUUUGACUGUGAUAAACAAGACAGUUUGAAUUAAUGACUCCAUUUACAUCCAUCUUCACAGGAAGUUGUGAUAGGCUAGCUAGCACUGUUAGUAUUAAUACAACCUUAUGAUGUGACCAUUGUGUAUCAAGGGUACAUCAUUACUGCAUCACAUCCUGCAUCCCAACUGAGUGAAUGUUCCUUAGCAUGUACAGAACACCCAGUGGCUUGUGUUCUUGCAUAAUGGUCCUCCCUUAAAAAGAAUACCCCUUACACUUCAUGAUGUGACUACCUAACCUGUUUUCCUUAGAAAGAGGAAAAGAAGUUCAAAGAAGACUGGAAUUCUGGCAGGGCAGGCUACGUGAGAUCAAGGAAAGAUUUGUGGAGCUGUCAGAGAAGUGUGUUGGUGGGUCGGUUGCUAAAGGGAAACGAGGAAAGAAAAGGCAGAAGGUGGACAAUGCUGAUCUUUCUCAGCUAUCUGAUUAUGCAGCAGAAGUGUUC